AUGGGUGGCAGCGACAUCCGACAGGUUCUUCUGGUCCGCCACACAUAUGCCACUGGUUGAGAGAUAUUGUAGUUGUUUUUGGGCAGAAUUCUGUGAGGUUUUAUGUGUUGGAGGUGAGUCUUGGUCAGUUUCGCUUGGAAAAUGCCACCCUCGUCAAUCUGCUGCCAUAGGCAGCCGCCUAAUCCUGUCUAAUGGGCAGGCCGGCCCUGUCCCUGCCCCUGGUAGUUCUGUGCUAGUCUGAGGACCAGCACAGAUAGAACAAUGAGCCAGAUAUUUUACCGGAUGUAUAAAUGUGAAGCAUCCAGUUGGCGUUUCCACUCACUACCAAAUAUGGUGACGAGAAGCCCAGUGGCCGGCAGUGGGAGAAGAUGGAGCGAGAUGGAUUUUGGCCGACCUUCUGCACAUUUUCUCUAUGAAACAUUUGAUCUCCAUACAUUUUUCUGUUUCCAAAACUAGAAUCUGGAACAAACAGAAUGGACUGCGUUUUGUAGACUUUACCCCUUGCCAAAGUUUUAAAAAAUUGCGUUGUUAAGAAGGAGUGCAAGGGCGUAUUGAGUUAUUGCACACGCGCACUUCACAAAGUAGGCGUUAUGCAAUAUGCAAAUAAAUGCUAGAUUGUGCUAAUAAGAUCUCACUAGUUCGUGCUUGGCUCUGCCCACCUCCUUGUUUGUUUUGCCCACUAUGAUUAAUUUGCUCCAAUUGGAAACAACACGCUCGGGUCUAUCUUGGGUUAGUUAUAAAAAACUGGCCUUUAGGCAAUCUCAACGUUCAAUAUGCGCUGGAUUUACGGCGGAGUUGCUCAUUGGUUGUUGGAAAUAACCAGGAAAUAAAAUUAAUAUUUUCCAUGACAACAUGUGGAGCCUCGAAAAUAGAAUUAGAAUGUAUAAAGUAAAAAACAAACAUUUAGCUGUUAGCUAGGCAAGGUGUUGUAUUUUGAGGCUUAACAUCAAAACUAUGAUGUUUUGUGGUUGGAAUUGCAGUAUAUAUUUGAUAGAGUUCCAAUAUUUACAUAAUCAUUGUGAUUGGAGGAUAGCUGUAAGGGUAAUCAAAUCGGGAUCAAAUCCUCUGUUCUCCUCCAGCUCAUUAAUAAAAUAAUCAUAGAUUUAGGAAAUAUAACACUAGAAUGGUCAUGAACCUUCUUAUGAUGGUCCAAAGGUCAGCCAUGUUGGUCAAGGAGUUGGUCAACUUUGCCAAUGCUGUGAUAAGAUAUUGUGUAAAACAAUGAAUGUGAAGAAUGUAUCUGUACCUUAUGUGUGUUAGCUAGCUAGCCAGACAGUUUUAGAGGAAUGAUUCCAUAAAUAUUGCAAAUUAACUGCCAAUAUGCCAACAUUCUAUUCAAACAAUGCAGUCAAUCCACAGCCAUACACUGGUUCAAAUCAGUUGAUGAUAGGACAUAGACAAGUUGUAAAUGCAACAAGUACUGAUAUUGUAUCAUAUAAUAGCACACCCAGCUUUCCAAGAAAACAAUUCUGAGACAUUUAUGGUCUGUUUACAUAUUAUUUUAGGCUAUUUAUACAGACGAUUGGUAUAAAACCAGUAUAAAUUGUAUUUAUAAUUAUAUGACAAUAUUUCAGGUUGACUAUAAUUCCAUUACACAAUUUCUGAUACAUCACAUGCCUUAUUUUCAUUUUCCUGUGUAAGUAAAAUCAGGAUUAUGCCUCUACUGCCAUUCAUUCCAAUUAGACUGGUUUGGAUUUCUCCCUGACCAAGAUGGCUGUCAUUCUUGCCCCAUUAUGGAACUUUGAGGGUUUACGACAUAGCCCCUCUAGUAAUUUAAUAGGAUCUCUAUGGAUAGAAUGUUCAUAUUUGAAGAUGGCAGAAAGGCCAGUCUCUUUGGCACAUGGCAUGGAGUACAGCGAGUGGAUUAUCUAAAGAGACUGGUACCCAGGCUAGUUCUGAGUUUUCAAUCAAAUAUCUUCCCAGAGAGCCAUUGUGAUGGUUCUAUAGUGAAUGCAUCAUGGCACUCCUACACCAAUGGGUCAGAGAAGGCUGGUGGGAGGAGCUAUAGGAGGAUGGGCUCAUUGUGAAGACUGGAAUGGAAUAAAUUGAAUGGUAUCAAGCACAUCAAACACAUGGAAACCACAUGCUUGACUCUGUUCCAUUCAUUCCAUUUCAACCAUUACUAUGAGCCUGUCCUCCUAUAGCUCCUCCCACCAGCCUCCUCUGCAGUGGGUCCUAACAAGGUUUCAUGUUCAUAGUGCUUCUGCAGGUUGGUAUUUUAAGAAUGGAUAAUGGCGCCGGAGGGUAUGGCGGCCGUUUUUCGGGCUCCUGACCAAUUGUGCAAUUUUGUGUAUUUUUUGUUGCACUGGUCUUAACUUUUUUUGUACAUAAUGUUCCCCCAUCAUUACCUAUGACCGAAAAGAGCUUCUGGACAUCAGAACAGCUAUCACUAACCUCCAUUUGGAUGAGGACUUCUACAUCAAUGAGUCGGAGACUAAAGACAUAUUGAUUAUCGCGGACCAGGCCCAAAUCCCCGACACUCAAAGGAGUAGACAGUGCUAUAGAGGCCGGUGUGCGGGAUACCUGACGAGACUACGUCGGAGAGUGGAUAAGUCGCCUCUACCUUCCGUUCUAUUGGCGAACGUGCAAUCACUGGAAAAUAAACUGGAUGAGCUCCGUUCGAGCUAUACUAUCAAUGUGAUCUGAAGAACUGUAAUAUCCUAUGUUUCUCAGAGUCAUGGCUGAACAAGGACAUGAAUAAUAUUAAUCUAUCUGAUUAUUCUAUACAUACGCAUACAAAGCUCUCCCUUGCCCUCUAUUUGGCAAAUCUAACCAGAACUCUAUCCUUCUGAUUUCUGCUUACAAGCAAAAACUCAAACAGGAAGUACCAGUGACACGCUCGAUAUGGAAGUGUUCCGAUGAAGCGGAUGCAAAGCCUGUAUGAGAGCACCAGCUGUUCCAGACGACAUGAUCACGCUCUCCGUAGCUGAUGUGAGCAAGACCUUUAAACAGGUUAACGUUCACAAGGCCAGAUGGAUUACCAGGAUGUUUACUCAGAGCAUACACUGAACAGCUGGCAAGUGUCUUCACUGACAUUUUCUACCUCUCCCUGACCCAAUCUGUAAUACCUACAUGUUUCAAGCAGAUCACCAUAGUCCCUGCGCCCAAGAACAUAUAGGUAACCUGUCUAAAUGACUAUCGCCCCGUAGCACUCACAUCUGUAGCCAUUAAAUGCUUUGGAAGGCUGGUCAUGGCUCACAUCAACACCAUCAUCCCAGACACCCUGGAACCAUUCCAAUUCGCAUACCGCCCCAACAGAUCCACAGAUGACACAAUCCCUAGUGCACUUCACACUGCCCUUUCCCACCUGGACAAAAGGAACACCUACGUGAGAAUGCUGUUCAUUGACUACAGCUCAGCGUUCAACACCAUUGUGCCCUCGAAGCUCAUCACAAAACUAAGGACCCUGGGACACCUCCCUCUGCAACUGGAUCCUGGACUUCCAGACGGGCCGCCCCCAGGUGGUGAGGGUAGACAACAACACAUCCGCCACGCUGACCCUCAACAUGGGGGCCCCUCAGGGGUGCAUGCUUAGUCCCCUCCUGUACUCCCUGUUCAUCCACGACUGCAUGGCUGCGCACGACUCCAACACCAUCAAUACGUUUGCAGACGACACAACGGUGGUAGGCCUGAUCACCGAAGAUGAUAAAACAUUCUACAGGGAGGAGGUCAGAGUCCUGGCAGUGUGGUGCCAUGACAACAACAUCCCGUAACGCCAGCAAGACAAAGGAGCUGCUCGUGGACUACAGGAAAAGGAGGGCCGAAUCUAGUUAGCAUACUACAAAGAGCCCCAUCAAAAUCUGUCUGUUUAAGAUAGAUAUCUGUAUAACACAGCUUGUCUUAAAAUACACAAAAGACAGACACAUCCCACUGGGCACAAACUUCUUGAACCAAUGUUGUUUGAAUGUACGGUCAUUUGUCAACGUAUUCUAUGUGAAAAAUACAGUGGAUUUGCAAAAAGUCAACGUAAACUGUUGCUUUUAGGGUGAAAUUUAAACCACAGGAUUAUGUCAUCAUGGUAACCAAUUUUCAACAUAGACAAAUCUUGUAUAAAAUAUGUUGAAUUUGUACCUUUGAAACAACGUCAGAUCUUCAACGUUAUAUCCACUAUCAGAAAAAAACUGUAGGCUCGGUAGUACCUCCUACUGGAAAGUUUAUCUAUCUACAGCUAGCCAUUGGUCUCCCAUCCAGGGUUUUAACCCAAACCCAGUCAUGCCUAGCUUUGAUAUUGGUUACUGACUACUACCAAUGUGCUAUCGUGAAAAUGAUUAAUAACUAAAUAGAUUCACUCUUGCUAUCAAAGUAAUUCCAAAGGGUAGGUUUAACAGAGCAAAUGAAAUCUACCAUACUUUAUAAAUAUAAUAUUGAUAUACAAUCAAUGAUACUAUUUAGUAUAUAGCAUUUGCGAAGUCAUCAACAGCUAUUGUUUCAAUUCAACCAAGGGUUCAACUAAAAAUAGACAAUAUAUAUAUAGGCCUACUGUAGGUUUUCAAGCUUUGGUUGCUUUCAAAUUUAAUCUUAAAGUUAAUAAUUCUUAUGUUGGAUUCAUGUCUCAACCAAAAAUCUACGUUUUUAGGACUAAAUCAAAUAAACGUUUAUUUAAAGUUAAUUUAAAGUUUGAUUUAAUUCGAUUUAGUCGUAUUCUUUCACUUUGAUUGUUGGUUGAGAUGGGGAUGUGAAUCCAACAUGUGAAUUAUUAAUUUGUAGACAAACUGGAUACGGAAUUGGGUUUGGUUGACAAUGCAACCAAAUAUCAACAUUUGGAGAUGUAUCUUUUGUGCCACUGACUUAGUCUGGUUUUAAUUCCAGUUCGUCUACAAAUGGAAUUUGGCUCCCGAGUGGCGCAGCGGUCUAAGGCACUGCAUCUCAGUGCUUGAGGCGUCACUACAGAACCCCUGGUUUGAUUCCAGGCUGUAUCACAACGGGCUGUGAUUGGGAGUCCCAUAGGGCGGCGCACAAUUGGCCCAGCGUCGUCUGGGUUUGGCCGGUGUAGGCUGUCAUUGUAAAUAAGAAUUUGUUCUUAACUGACUUGCCUAGUUAAAUAAAGGUUAAAUAAAAUAAAAUAAAUGUAUGAUUGAUAUGUUGGAUUCACAUCUCCAUCUCAACCAAAAAUCAAAGUUAAAGAAUAGAAUGCACUUUAAAUAAAGUUUGAUUUGAUUUGGUCCUAUAAAAAAAUAUGACUAAAAUUAGUGGGCUCUUUAAAAAAUAAUUAUAAUAGGAAGCAGGAUAAGGUCUUCAGAGUGUGUAUGUGUGAUUCCACCUGAGGGCAGGACACAGGGUGUCCAGUGAUAUGUCUCUCUCUCUCUCUCUAACCUGAGUGGCACCCUGGACCGCCUCACCACACCGUGUUUGGCAGGGAACAGAUUUCAGCAGCAUUCCUCUCUGAAGAGCAGAUAACAUUGUUAUGGAAACCGCCAUAAAUCUAAUCAAAUCAAAUUUAAUUUGUCACAUACACGUGUUUAGCAGAUGUUAUUGCGGGUGUAGUGAAAUGCUUGUGCUUCUAGCUCCGACAGUGCAGUAAUAUCUAACAAGUAAAUCUAACAAUUUCACAACAUAUACCCAAUACACACAAAUCUAAGCAAGGAAUUGGAAUUUAAGAAUAUAUACAUAUAUGGACAAGCAAUGACAGAGCGGCGUGGACUAUGAUACAGUAGAAUACAGUAUAUACAUAUGAGAUGAGUAGUGCAAGAUAUGUAAACAUUAUUUAAGUGACUAGUGUUCCAUUUCUUAAAGUGGCCAGUGAUUUCAAUAGGCAGCAGCAGCCUCUAAUGUGCUAGUGAUGACUAUUUAACAGUCUGAUGGCCUUGAGAUAGAAGCUGUUUUUCAUUCUCUCGGUCCCAGCUUUGAUGCACCUGUACUGACCUCGCCUCUGGAUGAUAGCGGGGUGAACAGGCAGUGGCUCGGGUGGUUGAUGUCCUUGAUGAUCUUUUUGGCCUUGCUGUGACAUCGGGUGCUGUAGGUGCCCCCGGUAAUGCGUUCGGCAGACCGUACCACCCUCUGGAGAGCCCUGAGGUUGCAGGCGGUGCAGUUGCCAUACCAGGCGGUGAUACAGCCCGACAGGUUGCUCUCAAUUGUGCAUCUGUAAAAGUUUGUGAGGGUUUUAGGUGCCAAGCCAAAUUUCUUUAGCCUCCUGAGGUUGAAGAGGCUCUGUUGCGCCUUCUUCACCACACUGUCUGCGUGGGUGGACCAUUUCAGUUUGUCAGUGAUGUGUAUGCCAAGGAACUUGAAGCUUUCCACCUUCUCCACUGCGGUCCCAUCGAUGUGGAUAGGGGGGUGCACCCUCUGCUGUUUCCUGAAGUCCACGAUCAUCUCCUUUGUUUUGUUGAGAGGUUAUUUUCCUGGCACCACACUCCCAGAGCCCUCACCUCCUCCCUGUAGACUGUCUUGUCAUUGUUGGUAAUCAAGCCUACUACUGUUGUGUCGUCUGCAAACUUGAUGAUUGAGUUGGAGGCAUGCUUGGCCACGCAGUCAUGGGUGAACAGGGGGUACAGGAGGGAGCUGAGCAUGCACCCUUCUGGGGCCCCAGUGUUGAGGAUCUGCGAAGUGGAGAUGUUGUUUCCUACCUUCACCACCUGGGGGCGGCCCAUCAGGAAGUCCAGGACCCAUUUGCACAGGGCGGGGGUCAGACCCAGGGCCUAGAGCUUAAUGAUGAGCUUGGAGGGUACUGUGGUGUUGAAUGCUGAGCUAUAGUCAAUGAACAGCAUUCUUACAUAGGUAUUCCUCUUGUCCAGAUGGGAUAGGGCAGUGUGCAGUGUGAUGGCGAUUGCAUCGUCUGUGGAUCUAUUGGGGCGGUAAGCAAAUUGAAGUGGGUCUAGGGUGACAGGUAAGGUAGAGGUGAUAUGAUCCUUGACUAGUCUCUCAAAGCACUUCAUAAUGACAGAGGUGAGUGCUACGGGGCAAUAGUCAUUUAGUUCAGUUACCUUUGCUUUCUUGGGUACAGGAACAAUGGUGGCCAUCUUGAAGCAUGUGGGGACAGCAGACUGGGAAAGGGAGAGAUUGAAUAUGUCCAUAAACACACCAGUCAACCACUCCACAAAUGUCUUUUGAACAAAUUAUAGUUUCGGCAAGUCGGUUAGGACAUCUACUUUGUGGAAUUUUUAAAAAAAUUGUUUACAGACAGAUUAUUUCACUUAUAAUUCACUGUAUCACAAUUCCAGUGGGUCAGAAGUUUACAUACACUAUGUUGACUGUGCCUUUAAACUGCUUGGAAAAUUCCAGAAAAUGAUGUCAUGGCUUUAGAAGGUUCUGAGAGGCUAAUUGACAUUAUUUGAGUCAAUUGGAGGUGUACAUGUGAAUGUAUUUCAAGGCCUACCUUCAAAGUCAGUGCCUCUUUGCUUGACGUCAUGGCAAAAUCAAAAGAAAUCAGCCAAGACCUCAGAAAAACAAUUGUAGACCUCCACAAGUCUGGUUCAUCCUUGGGAGCAAUUUCCAAACGCCUGAAGGUACCACGUUCAUCUGUACAAACAAUAGUAUGCAAGUAUAAACACUAUGGGAACACGCAGAUGUCAUACCGCUCAGGAAGGAGACGCGUUCUGUCGCCUAGAGAUGAACGUACUUUGGUGCGAAAAGUGCAAAUCAAUCCCAGAACAACAGCAAAGGACCUUGUGAAGAUGCUGGAGGAAACAGGUACAAAAAUAUCUCUAUCCACAGUAAAACGAGUCCUAUAUCGACAUAACCUGAAAGGCCACUCAGCUAGGAAGAAGCCACUGCUCCAAAACUGCCAUAAAAAAGCCAGACCGGUUUGCAACUGCACAUGGGGACAAAGAUCGUACUUUUUGGAGAAAUGUCCUCUGGGCUGAUGAAACAAAAAUAGAACUGUUUGGCCAUAAUGACCAUUGUUAUGUUUGGAGGAAAAAGGGGGUGCUUGCAAGCCGAAGAACACCAUCCCAACCGUGAAGUACGGGGGUGGCAGCAUCAUGCUGUGGGGGUGCUUUGCUGCAGGAGGGACUGGUGCACUUCACAAAAUAUAUGGAAUCAUGAGGAAGGAAAAUUAUGUGGAUAUAUUGAAGCAACAUCUCAAGACAUCAGUCAGGAAGUUAAAGCUUGGUCGCAAAUGGGUCUUCCAAAUGGACAAUGACCCCAAGCAUACUUCCAAAUUUGUGGCAAAAUGGCUUAAGGACAACAAAGUCAAGGUAUUGGAGUGGCCAUCACAAAGCCCUGACCUCAAUCCUAUAGAAAAUGUGUGGGCAGAACUGAAAAAGCGUGUGUGAGCAAGGAGGCCUACAAACCUGACUCAGUUACACCAGCUCUGUCAGGAGGAAUGGGCCAAAAUUCACCCAACUUAUUGUGGGAAGCUGGUGGAAGGAUACCCAAAACGUUUGACCCAAGUUAAACAAUUUAAAGGCAAUGCUACCAAAUACUAAUUGAGUGUAUGUAAACUUCUGACCCACUGGGAAUGUGAUGAAAUAAAUAAAAGCUGAAAUAAAUCAUUCUCUCUACUGUUAUUCUGACAUUUCACAUUCUUAAAAUAAAGUGAUGAUCCUAACUGACCUAAGACAGGGAAUUUUUACUAGAAUUAAAUGUCAGGAAUUGUGAAAAAUUGAGUUUAAAUGUAUUUGGCUAAGGUGUAUGUAAACUUCUGACUUCAACUGUAUCUAGUGGUAUUGCACAUUCAUAACCUGGGACUUGGUCAAAAGUAAAGUAUGAUUGAUUGUACACCAAUAAAGACUGAGAUGAGUUGUAGAUAGGUCUCAGACCAGUCCUUUGACUUAAAAAUGAUAAUGUUCCUUUUGACUUUUUGCAAUCUUAAAUCUAAAAUCAGAAGGGCCAUUGACAGUGCAGUAGUUUGUUAGCUGUUUGUAGCAAAGACAUCAUCGUCAUUAUGAAUAGUGUUAAAAAAAAAUGUAAGCCUAUAAUGCAACUUCUCUCACCCAGACAAUGAUUCAUUUACAUUUACAUUUUAGUCAUUUAGCAGACGCUCUUAUCCAGAGCGACUUACAGGUAGUGAGUGCAUACAUUUUUUUUUUUUUUUUUUCUUUCAUACUGGCCCCCCGUGGGAAUCAAACCCACAACCCUGGCGUUGCAAAUGCCAUGCUCUACCAACUGAGCUACAUCCCUUCACAUUCCUCUUCACACAUAAUGUUGGUGCCCCUCCCUCUUACUCACUGGCUUUAACCCAGCUUGUGCUGGGAAGGGAAGAGGUUGUGUGGGUGAGGGCAAAGGGUGGGUAAGGGUGGGGGGGGGGGGGGGGGGGGGGGGGGGCUGAGGUAUGCACAGAGCCACACCCUCAUCUGUCACUGUCCUUUCUACUGAAGAAAGUUUCAUUUAGCAACCUCCUUUAUAGAGUCUCCCUUUUACUGGAACAGUAGGCAAAGCCGAUUUUUUUACCGCAGCCUAGUUCUCAAUAGUUUGAUAAGAUUUACAGGUACAGGGGGUUGAAAUGAUGUGGUUUGUUGAAAGAACAAGAACAAUCAUCAAUCCUUGCCUGGUUAUCCUGGUUAGGGGAAAUAAAACCAGGACUCGUAAAUCAGAGAGAAUAUGAACCCAAUCUGUCAUUUGUCUAUGCCCAUAAAUUGAACUGAUUUAAAUUACGAGAUAUUUUCUUCUGUUGGAUCAUGUGUGUAAAACUGACAGCGCAUAUGUGAAGGUGAGGGUUAGAGCGGUAACAUCAGAGCAUCUCAUCAAACCUUUCCUGAAAGUCUCCAGAACUGUCCAGCAUGGAUAACUUUACCUCAAAUUUCUCUAACUAUGAUUUUAAUGCACAUGUUUUAAUGCAAGAUCUGGUUAGGGAUGGAUUUCUACUUAAAAGAACACUCCUACAUGAAAUUGCUAUCACAGGUAAGGUACUUUUCUUUGGAGUUUUAGCUAGGACUUGGUUGACAAUAACAGACAUUAUUACCCCAAAUGAACUUCACAGUGAAAUUAUUCUAACACUAACAGACCUGUGCUGUGCUAUGGGGUAUAUUGUGGUUGUGUUCCCUCCUGCAGUUGUCUACUAGCCUGCAGUAGACACACCUAUUCACACUAAGCUCUAAAUGACUAAGCAGUUAUCCAUUAAUGGAUGACUAGUGUUGGAGAAAGAUUAUUGCCGUGACAACACAGAAACAACGACAGAAACUCAGGAUGAGGUGGUUUUGUUUUCUGUCUAUACUCUUAUCGUCUGCACACAGCGAAUAAUCCUUUAUGCUUUGCACCACAGCAUUGUUCGACCAGCCCCUACAGUACUGUUUGUGCUGUUGUCUGUGACCAAGAAUGUUUGUACCAUGUUUUGUGCUGCUACAAUGUUGUGCUGCUGCCAUGUUGUUUUGCUACCAUGUUGUUGUCAUGUUGUGUUGCUACCAUGCUGUGUUGUCAUGUGUUGCUGCCAUGCUGUGUUGUCUUAGGUCUCUCUUUAUGUAGUGUUGUGGUGUCUCUCUUGUCGUGAUGUGUUUUGUCCUACUUUUUCUUUGUUUUUAUCCCCCGUCCCCGCAGGAGGCCUUUUGCCUUUUGGUAGGCCGUCAUUGUAAAUAAGAAUUUGUUCUUAACUGACUUGCCUAGUUAAAUAAAGGUUCAAUUAAAUAAAUAGUAUAAAAGUGGUUCACUUGGAGACUGACAUGGAGAGAGAGGAGAGGGGAGUUGUCAGUUGACGUUGCUAUAGGGGCAUUUGCAGAGUGUGUGUUUGUGUGUGUGUGUGUGUGUGUGCCUGUGUGUGUGUGUGUGUGUGUGUAUCUGCUUUGCAUUAUGGUGUUACAUUCCUCCUCAAGGCCUGUCAUUAUGUCAACAACCAUGACCCAGAGCCACGCGUGAAAUAUUUUUCCACUACAAGUGCUUUCAUUGUCUUUUCUUUUCCUGUUCUAAUUCUUUGUGUGGAUUCUGAACGCAAAGUCGAACCAAGAAAAACAAUACUCAAUGGAGUGUGAUACUCUGUUGGCCCAUCAGUGGGAGAUUCAAACAUCUAAUAUCUGCUCUAAAAUGCUAUAGAAAAUGUAAUAAUAGGGGCAAUUAGGAUUACGAUAAUGUCUCUCUCUCUCUCUCUCUCAGCAGAGAUCUGUACUGAGCUGACUGAAUGCUCCAGUCUUAUCAGCAGUUUAUAGUGAUAGCAUGAGCUCAACGGACUGACCACAGAUCCCAGCCUCCCCCACUUCAGCCCCCAUCCAAUACACAUUUACCGCAUGCAGCAAGAGGGGCAGAGAGAGGUCAUGUACUUUCAAGUACAGACCAUGGAACAGGCCUUGGGCGGGUCCGUCAGAGUGCAAAAUAAACGUUUGGGAACCACCGGCAUUGUGCACUUGGCUCACUAAAAUCUCAUACUCUUUUUAAUAUUGGCAAAGCAUAUUCCCAGAACAAGUACACAAAUAAUUAAAAUCUUUAAAAAAGUACAAUAAAAAACAAGAAAUCAAGAAUGUUGGGAUGAAUUCAAUUAACAGCCCAAAUAGCACAGUAACAGUAAUCAAAAUGCAAUCUAUACAUAUGUACACCGGAAUAAUUUUUAUGUCCUGGCACAAGUACAGUUAAAUGCCUUUCUUGCAAGCUCCAAACCCAAUACAGUAAUCAAUAUCAAUGUAGCACUAAAAAUAAAACAAGGUAGAACAAAAACACACAAGAACUAAAAAUAAGAAAUAAGAAGAACAUGGGAAAGUAAGAAGCUAUAUACAGGGUCAGUUCCAAUACCAUAUUUACAAUGUGCAGGGAUACUGGAGUGAUAUAGAUAGCUAUGUAUAGGGGUAAGCUAGGUGAAUAGGCAUCAGGAUAUAUGAUAAACAGCAAAUAGCCAUUAUGUUAGCUAUUUAGCCUGUUGGUGUCACACUUGAUGCACCGGUACCGUUUGCUGUGCGGAAGCAGAGAGAAUGAUAUGUACAGUACAGCAGUAGAUAUACUAGAGUGAGCUAUGUCAAGAAUCCAGUAUAUAAAUAAAUAUGGGGUGUGUAUAAACCAAUGAUGUGUACAAACCCUGGAUGACCGACAUGGGGUGCGGUAUUGAAGCCACUGCACAGCCAUAUUGGCACUCUGCCUCCAUUGUAAAAAAAGAUUUGGAAGCUAUAUAAAUGCAUUUAUUAAUAUCUACAUUUGUUUUUGACAUUUGUUGUUUAUUCUAUUGCAUACACAUUAAUGCAUACUUUUAAAUUAUAUUAUGUGAGCUAAACAUAAAAAAAAUGAAAAAUAUACAAAAACAUUUUCCUUAAAAGUAUUCUUUUUUCAGAGUGCUAAUGUUACUGUACCCACUACAACAACAACAAAUAUUUAAAUACAUUUAGAAUAAAAAUAAAAUAGCCUUUGUGCAAAACAAACUUCCAGAAGUAAUCAAGGCACUCUCGUGUAGUGAAACAAUUAAAAAGCCUUUAAUGUUUGACGGUUUUUGUCCCCCUGAUGAAGGCCAUUGUAGUCGCAACGCAUCAGUGGUUUUUUUCAUUCUUGCCAUGCAUAAGCCGUAAAACAAUAAAGGCAAAAAACUAAAAAGAUCACUACAUGAGAGUGCCUUGAUUACUUCUGGAAGUUUGUUUUGCACAAAUGCUAUUUCGGCAUUGUUCAUUAUCCAGCAUCAACUUCUUUUUAUUUUACAUUUUACAUUUUAGUCAUUUAGCAGAUGCUCUUAUCCAGAGCAACUUACAGUUAGUGAGUGCAUACAUUUUAUAGUAUUUCAUCCCAUGAUCAAAGAGCACCUCAUGGAUUAACUACAUACCAAAGAAGCACUCCUCUCCUGUGUCACAUAAAUACAUUUAAUUGAAAUACUGUAAAAUUCCAUUCAUUCCCAUGGAGGGCUGCUCCUACUGGGGAGUGCCAAUAUGGCCUACUGGUGGCUUCAAAGCCUCUCAACGGCCAAUACAUAGCGUCAGCAAUCCAGGGUUUAUAUAUAUCAUUGGUAUAAACAGUUUAACUAAUACAAAGGGCAGUAGUAAAAAUAUUAGAAUGAGCUAUGUCAGGAAUACAGUAUUGAAAUACUCAGUGUGAAAUGGGAAGUAAUCAUGUAGUAAUCAUAAUAAUAAUAAUAAAUAAUAAUAAUAUGCCAUUUAGCAGACGCUUUUAUCCAAAGCGACUUACAGUCAUGCGUGCAUAAUUAUAUUUUUUUUGUGUAUGGGUGGUCCCGGGGAUCGAACCCACUACCUUGGCGUUACAAGCGCCGUGCUCUACCAGCUACAGAGGAAUAAGUACACAGGAAUCUGUUAGCAGAAAAAGUAUUUUAUUAAUUACAUUAACAGCACUGGGAUUAAAAACUAUAAUUUAAUACGCACAGAGGAAAAAGUAUUUUAUUAAGAAAAGGUAAACAAACAUGUUUGCUUUACAUAACUCUUUUUUGUUGUUGUAGUUUUACAGCUAAUUUCCUGCAAUUCUGCACAUUUUGUCAUGGGGUGGGAAGGCAUUUUUAUAGUUAUAAAAGCGAAUUUCCUGCAAUUCUACCCAUAUUGGCAUGACUUAUGCCAUGUUAAUAUGAUAUCUGAGUGAGAGUGACUAACAAAGUCACUGAGGGCCCCUUGGAGGUCAAGGCACCUGGGCACCUUCAGCCAUGAUUACUACAAGUUUAGAUAGCUGGACUAAUUUACCAAACUAAACAUUUUAAGUGACAUGGGCUAAUUGAGUGACUGUCAGUGAGUGACAUAUAAUAACAGGAAAACUGCUGAUGCACAACCAAGUUUCGAAAUUGCACCUUGUGUAUUCUACUAUUCCGGACCUCGGUAUCCUCAUACGUAGCUAUGGCCCUGCCUGUUUCUGUCGCAGAAUGCUUCCUUUUUUUGACAGUAUAUGAUACUAGUGAUUUAAAUGACCACUUGCACAAUCCCAGAUCCAUAGGCUACUUACUUCCUGCAUGGGUCUAGGUCGAAAAUGUAUUGUCAUCUUCAACCUAGGAAUGGGUACACUCAAAAUGGCUGCCAGUCCACACAUUAUGCCAUCACUGACUUGAAUGGAGAUGCCCUUUCUAUUCAUUUUAUUUCUGUGGUUUGUCAUUGGCAAUUUAGCACUAGGUUCAUUAGGCUGUAACAUCGAAAAGGCAGCAUUCAGCAGGAAUUUUGGUAGGGUGACAUGAUUUGUCUUACUGUAUUAUGAACAUUAUUUUUCCCAAACAGAGUGUGAACCCAAAUGUGUAACUGUGGGGGGACAAUACAUUGAAAGAUAAUUUGGGUUGGGUGUAGGGGCAGAUGUAGGCUGUCUCCAGGAGAAUGUAUUAUUUGUUUAAUUUAUUUGGUCUUUCACAAUAGCUGAUGAAAGUCAUUAGAACAAUUCCUAUCCCCUACAAUGGACAGUGUGCAAUCUAGUUUUAGAGAGACAAAAUAAGGACAUAAACAAUCUGAUGCACAGGUAUAUUUCAAGGCCUUUUACCUCUCAACAUUCAAAAGCAGAAGGAAUGAAUAAAGCCUGACUGGCCCAAAACUAUUUUAACAUGGAAUAAAAAAUUGGCAAUCCUUCAAUACUUCAACUCGUGAGUGCUAAUAAUCUGAAAAUAAUCAUAACCGCCAUAUUAUUGGAGUAUUACUAUCUCAGCAAGAAUGCUACUGUUAUUAUACUUUUAUUAUUUCACCUUUACCAAUUUUGCUGGUGUAAUUAGGCUAUUUGGACUCAUGUCUUAAGAAAAAUAUUAUGCAUUUUUGUUAGCAUUUAUGGACAUUGUCGAAUAAUAAGCUACAUAAAAUGAGAAUAGGCUAUAUUGAAAUGCCCCUUGCCUCAAAUAUCCUGUUUGGUCAUUUUAGAAAUGGUAGGCAUAUAUCUUGCCUAUGUAGAGUAAGAUGAUGACAAGGUUUUGCAAAUCAGCCUCAACCACCUGAAGAUUGAUAUUCAUUAGAUUUUUCUUGAAUGUCGGGUAAUUAGUAAAAAUGUUAUGUCACAUGAACACAUUCAAACCCACAGGAUUUGGGAAACAUAGAUAAGGAGUGGCCAACCCUCUUGGAGAGCUACAUGCACCUCUAGGCAGGAUUUUCUAUGGUCUUAUUUUAAAGGGAUAGUUCACUAGUGGAGCCAAUGGCAUUCACGGUAGGAAAUCUCACUCCAAGCUAUAUUCAAACAUUGGCAGCCCUGUGUUAUGAUAGAAAGAAAUAGGAACAUGUCAUGUAGGUCAUCUUCAUUUCCCUGGAACAGUCACAGCAGCUGUAGAAAAUACUGAUCAUAGGUUUGUUGAAUGGAAAGAUACUUCACAUGAUAACUGCAUUAAGGAUUACAUUAACAAUACAAAAUAUUUGAAUCUAUCGUCUUCUCUUCAGAACAAAUCAAAAUGGUAGGGGCUUAGAUGUGGAUGUGAUUAAAUGUGUCUGAACCUAUUUCCAAGGAAUUACAAAAGAGUUACAAAAGCUCUAGUGAUAAGAAGACCAACAUCUCAAUAUACAAUAAACAUAUUUCUCAUACAAAAGAGGCCAAACUCUGAGUGACAUUUCAAAUGUUUACUCAGGGAAGAUGUACCAGCUGAAUGCAUACAUUCAAUACAGUGCAGUGUCCACUUAUACACUUGGCUCUCUGCCCCACCCUACCACAAAGAUGUACUUCAGUGCUUUUCCAUCACCCAGGAUUUCUCCAUGCUCCGUGCAUAUCACAGGACUUCUUAUCAGUCAGUAGAGGCCUUGAGUUACUUGUAGUACACAUUCCUACAGUCCAUUGCAGUCAACUAAAUACACUGAACAUGAAUAUAAACGCAACAUGUAAAGUGUUGGUCCCAUGUUUCAUGAGCUGAAAUAAAAGAUCACAGAAAUGUUCCAUACGCACAAAAAGCUUCUUUCUAUCAAUUUUUGUUCACACAUUUUUUUACAUCCCUGUUAGUGAGCAUUUCUCCUUUGCCAAGAAAAUCCAUCCAUCUGACAGGUGUGGCAUAUCAAGAAGCUGAUUAAAAGCAUGAGGGGUGCUGAGAAGUAUUUCUGUAUACAAUAAAGCCCUUUUGUGGGGAAAAACUCAUUCUGAUUGGCUGGGCCUCACUCGCCAGUGGGUGGGCCUAUGCCCACCCAGGCCCAUCCAUGGCUGUGCCCUUGCCCAGUCAUGUGAAAUCCAUAGAUUAUGGCCCAAUAACUCUAUUUCAAUUGACUGAUUUCCUUAUAUGAACUGUAACUCAGUAAAAUCUUUGAAAUUGUUUAUAUUUUGUUUAUAUUUUUGUUCAGUAUAAUUACACUUCUAUACACAAAGAGCUUAAACCUAACACUACGUUCAAUCUCUAAGGAUACAUAAAAACAAUCUAUUAAUACUAGGAGGAUAUAAUUAUAUAAAAGAGUAAAGACAUAAAACAGUAAUUUUACAAUCUAUCAAAUAUAAUAUUAGUUCAGAAGUAAAAUGUGGCUUAACAAAUCACGCAAUAAGUUACAUGGGCUCACUCUGUGUGAAAUAAUAGGGGUUGACAUGAUUUUUGAAUGACCAACCCUUCCUCUGUCCCCCAUACAUCUUGUGUAUCUGUAAGGUCCCUCAAUCAAGUAUUGAAUUUCAAGAACAAAUUCAACUACAAAGACCAGGGGAACUUUUCGAAAGACUUAUAAAGAAGGGCAGUGAUUGGUAGAUGGGUAACAAUAACAAAUGAGACAUUGAAUAGCUCUUCAAGCAGGUCAAGUUAAUAUUUAUGCUGUGUAUUAUGUAUUAAACCACCCAGACACAUCAAAGAUACAGUCAUCCUUCUGAACUGAACUGCAGGACAGGAAUGAAACUGCUCAGGGAUGUUACCAUGAAGCCAUUGGUGAUUUUAAAACAGCUACAAAGUUCAAUGGCUGUAAAGGUAUAAAACUGAGGAUGGAUCAACAACAUUGUAGUUACUCACAAUAAUGAUCUACAGUGUAGCUCAGUUGGUAGAGCAUGGCGCUUGCAACGCCAGGGUUGUGGGUUCGUUUCCCACGGGGGGCCAUAGGAUUUUGUAUGCACUCACUAACUGUAAGUCGCUCUGGAUAAGAGCGUCUGCUAAAUGACUAAAAUGUAAAACGUAUUGGUCUUCACAAAGUUUACUGCUUCAGUGUUUUUAGAUAUUUUUGUCAGAUGUUACUAUGGUAUACUGAAGUAUAAUUAUAAGCAUUCCAUAAGUGGCAAAGGCUUUUAUUGACAAUUACAUUAAGUUUAUGCAAAGAAUCAAUAUUUGCAGUGUUGACCCUUCUUUUUCAAGACCUCUGCAAUCCGCCCUGGCAUGCUGUCAAUUAACUUCUGGGCCACAUCCUGACUGAUGGCAGCCCAUUCUUGCAUAAUCAAUGCUUGGAGUUUGUCAGAAUUUGUGGGGUUUUGUUUGUCCAUCCGCCUCUUGACCACAAGUUCUCAAUGGGAUUAAAGUCUGGGGAGUUUCCUGGCCAUGGACCCAAAAUGUUGAUGUUUUGUUCCCCGAGCCACUUAGUUAUCACUUUUGCUUUAUGGCAAGGUGCUCCAUCAUGCUGGAGAAGGCAUUGUUCGUCACCAAACUGUUCUUGGAUGGUUGGGAGAAGUUGCUCUCGGAGGAUGUGUUGGUACCAUUCUUUAUUCAUGGCUGUGUUCUUAGGCAAAAUUAUGAGUGAGCCCACUCCCUUGGCUGAGAAGCAACCCCACACAUUAAUGGUCUCAGGAUGCUUUACUGUUGGCAUGACACAGGACUGAUGGUAGCGCUCACCUUGUCUUCUCCAGACAAGCUUUUUUCCGGAUGCCCCAAACAAUCGGAAAGGGGAUUCAUCAGAGAAAAUGACUUUACCCCAGUCCUCAGCAGUCCAAUCCCUGUACCUUUUGCAGAAUAUCAGUCUGUCCCUGAUGUUUUUCCUGGAGAGAAGUGGCUUCCUCGCUGCCCUUCUUGACACCAGGCCAUCCUCCAAAAGUAUUUGCCUCACUGUGCGUGCAGAUGCACUCACACCUGCCUGCUGCCAUUCCUGAGCAAGCUCUGCACUGGUGGUGCCCCGAUCCGGCAGCUGAAUCAACUUUAGGAGACGGUCCUGGCGCUUGCUGGACUUUCUUGGGCGCCCUGAAGCCUUCUUCACAACAACUGAACCUCUCUCCUUGAAGUUCUUGAUGAUCCGAUAAAUGGUUGAUUUAGGUGCAAUCUUACUAGCAAUCACCCUCCUUUUAAAGCUUCCAGUCUGUUAUUCUAACUCAAUCAGCAUGACAGAGUGAUCUCCAGCCUUGUCCUCGUCAACACUCUCACCUGUGUUAAUGAGAGAAUCACUGACAUGAUGUCAGCUGGUCCUUUUGUGGCAGGGCUGAAAUGCAGUGGAAAUGUUUUGGGGGGAUUAAGUUCAUUUUCAUGGCAAAGAGGGACUUUGCAAUUAAUUGCAAUUCAUCUGAUCACUCUUCAUAACAUUCUGUAGUAUAUGCAAAUUGCCAUCAUAAAAACUGAGGCAGCAGAAUUUAUAUUUGUGUCAUUCUCAAAACUUUUAACCACGACUGUAAAUGAAAUGUGAAUAGAAGAAUACAAAUAUACAGAACACAAAUAUUCCAAUAGAUCGAGAACAGAUAGAUAGAACAAGGCACUAAGUUAAUACUGAGGAGGGGAAAAAAAAACAUAGCAAAGGAAUAUACUUUUUUGCAUCAAUGCAUUUUUGUUAGCAUUUAUGGACAUUGUCGAAUAAUAAGCUACAUAAAAUGAGAAUAGGCUAUAUUGAAAUGCCCCUUGCCUCAAAUAUCCUGUUUGGUCAUUUUAGAAAUGGUAGGCAUAUAUCUUGCCUAUGUAGAGUAAGAUGAUGACAAGGUUUUGCAAAUCAGCCUCAACCACCUGAAGAUUGAUAUUCAUUAGAUUUUUCUUGAAUGUCGGGUAAUUAGUAAAAAUGUUAUGUCACAUGAACACAUUCAAACCCACAGGAUUUGGGAAACAUAGAUAAGGAGUGGCCAACCCUCUUGGAGAGCUACAUGCACCUCUAGGCAGGAUUUUCUAUGGUCUUAUUUUAAAGGGAUAGUUCACUAGUGGAGCCAAUGGCAUUCACGGUAGGAAAUCUCACUCCAAGCUAUAUUCAAACAUUGGCAGCCCUGUGUUAUGAUAGAAAGAAAUAGGAACAUGUCAUGUAGGUCAUCUUCAUUUCCCUGGAACAGUCACAGCAGCUGUAGAAAAUACUGAUCAUAGGUUUGUUGAAUGGAAAGAUACUUCACAUGAUAACUGCAUUAAGGAUUACAUUAACAAUACAAAAUAUUUGAAUCUAUCGUCUUCUCUUCAGAACAAAUCAAAAUGGUAGGGGCUUAGAUGUGGAUGUGAUUAAAUGUGUCUGAACCUAUUUCCAAGGAAUUACAAAAGAGUUACAAAAGCUCUAGUGAUAAGAAGACCAACAUCUCAAUAUACAAUAAACAUAUUUCUCAUACAAAAGAGGCCAAACUCUGAGUGACAUUUCAAAUGUUUACUCAGGGAAGAUGUACCAGCUGAAUGCAUACAUUCAAUACAGUGCAGUGUCCACUUAUACACUUGGCUCUCUGCCCCACCCUACCACAAAGAUGUACUUCAGUGCUUUUCCAUCACCCAGGAUUUCUCCAUGCUCCGUGCAUAUCACAGGACUUCUUAUCAGUCAGUAGAGGCCUUGAGUUACUUGUAGUACACAUUCCUACAGUCCAUUGCAGUCAACUAAAUACACUGAACAUGAAUAUAAACGCAACAUGUAAAGUGUUGGUCCCAUGUUUCAUGAGCUGAAAUAAAAGAUCACAGAAAUGUUCCAUACGCACAAAAAGCUUCUUUCUAUCAAUUUUUGUUCACACAUUUUUUUACAUCCCUGUUAGUGAGCAUUUCUCCUUUGCCAAGAAAAUCCAUCCAUCUGACAGGUGUGGCAUAUCAAGAAGCUGAUUAAAAGCAUGAGGGGUGCUGAGAAGUAUUUCUGUAUACAAUAAAGCCCUUUUGUGGGGAAAAACUCAUUCUGAUUGGCUGGGCCUCACUCGCCAGUGGGUGGGCCUAUGCCCACCCAGGCCCAUCCAUGGCUGUGCCCUUGCCCAGUCAUGUGAAAUCCAUAGAUUAUGGCCCAAUAACUCUAUUUCAAUUGACUGAUUUCCUUAUAUGAACUGUAACUCAGUAAAAUCUUUGAAAUUGUUUAUAUUUUGUUUAUAUUUUUGUUCAGUAUAAUUACACUUCUACACACAAAGAGCUUAAACCUAACACUACGUUCAAUCUCUAAGGAUACAUAAAAACAAUCUAUUAAUACUAGGAGGAUAUAAUUAUAUAAAAGAGUAAAGACAUAAAACAGUAAUUUUACAAUCUAUCAAAUAUAAUAUUAGUUCAGAAGUAAAAUGUGGCUUAACAAAUCACGCAAUAAGUUACAUGGGCUCACUCUGUGUGAAAUAAUAGGGGUUGACAUGAUUUUUGAAUGACCAACCCUUCCUCUGUCCCCCAUACAUCUUGUGUAUCUGUAAGGUCCCUCAAUCAAGUAUUGAAUUUCAAGAACAAAUUCAACUACAAAGACCAGGGGAACUUUUCGAAAGACUUAUAAAGAAGGGCAGUGAUUGGUAGAUGGGUAACAAUAACAAAUGAGACAUUGAAUAUCUCUUCAAGCAGGUCAAGUUAAUAUUUAUGCUGUGUAUUAUGUAUUAAACCACCCAGACACAUCAAAGAUACAGUCAUCCUUCUGAACUGAACUGCAGGACAGGAAUGAAACUGCUCAGGGAUGUUACCAUGAAGCCAUUGGUGAUUUUAAAACAGCUACAAAGUUCAAUGACUGUAAAGGUAUAAAACUGAGGAUGGAUCAACAACAUUGUAGUUACUCACAAUAAUGAUCUACAGUGUAGCUCAGUUGGUAGAGCAUGGCGCUUGCAACGCCAGGGUUGUGGGUUCGUUUCCCACGGGGGGCCAUAGGAUUUUGUAUGCACUCACUGGAUAAGAGCGUCUGCUAAAUGACUAAAAUGUAAAACGUAUUGGUCUUCACAAAGUUUACUGCUUCAGUGUUUUUAGAUAUUUUUGUCAGAUGUUACUAUGGUAUACUGAAGUAUAAUUAUAAGCAUUCCAUAAGUGGCAAAGGCUUUUAUUGACAAUUACAUUAAGUUUAUGCAAAGAAUCAAUAUUUGCAGUGUUGACCCUUCUUUUUCAAGACCUCUGCAAUCCGCCCUGGCAUGCUGUCAAUUAACUUCUGGGCCACAUCCUGACUGAUGGCAGCCCAUUCUUGCAUAAUCAAUGCUUGGAGUUUGUCAGAAUUUGUGGGGUUUUGUUUGUCCAUCCGCCUCUUGACCACAAGUUCUCAAUGGGAUUAAAGUCUGGGGAGUUUCCUGGCCAUGGACCCAAAAUGUUGAUGUUUUGUUCCCCGAGCCACUUAGUUAUCACUUUUGCUUUAUGGCAAGGUGCUCCAUCAUGCUGGAGAAGGCAUUGUUCGUCACCAAACUGUUCUUGGAUGGUUGGGAGAAGUUGCUCUCGGAGGAUGUGUUGGUACCAUUCUUUAUUCAUGGCUGUGUUCUUAGGCAAAAUUAUGAGUGAGCCCACUCCCUUGGCUGAGAAGCAACCCCACACAUUAAUGGUCUCAGGAUGCUUUACUGUUGGCAUGACACAGGACUGAUGGUAGCGCUCACCUUGUCUUCUCCAGACAAGCUUUUUUCCGGAUGCCCCAAACAAUCGGAAAGGGGAUUCAUCAGAGAAAAUGACUUUACCCCAGUCCUCAGCAGUCCAAUCCCUGUACCUUUUGCAGAAUAUCAGUCUGUCCCUGAUGUUUUUCCUGGAGAGAAGUGGCUUCCUCGCUGCCCUUCUUGACACCAGGCCAUCCUCCAAAAGUAUUUGCCUCACUGUGCGUGCAGAUGCACUCACACCUGCCUGCUGCCAUUCCUGAGCAAGCUCUGCACUGGUGGUGCCCCGAUCCGGCAGCUGAAUCAACUUUAGGAGACGGUCCUGGCGCUUGCUGGACUUUCUUGGGCGCCCUGAAGCCUUCUUCACAACAACUGAACCUCUCUCCUUGAAGUUCUUGAUGAUCCGAUAAAUGGUUGAUUUAGGUGCAAUCUUACUAGCAAUCACCCUCCUUUUAAAGCUUCCAGUCUGUUAUUCUAACUCAAUCAGCAUGACAGAGUGAUCUCCAGCCUUGUCCUCGUCAACACUCUCACCUGUGUUAAUGAGAGAAUCACUGACAUGAUGUCAGCUGGUCCUUUUGUGGCAGGGCUGAAAUGCAGUGGAAAUGUUUUUGGGGGAUUAAGUUCAUUUUCAUGGCAAAGAGGGACUUUGCAAUUAAUUGCAAUUCAUCUGAUCACUCUUCAUAACAUUCUGUAGUAUAUGCAAAUUGCCAUCAUAAAAACUGAGGCAGCAGAAUUUAUAUUUGUGUCAUUCUCAAAACUUUUAACCACGACUGUAAAUGAAAUGUGAAUAGAAGAAUACAAAUAUACAGAACACAAAUAUUCCAAUAGAUCGAGAACAGAUAGAUAGAACAAGGCACUAAGUUAAUACUGAGGAGGGAAAAAAAACACAGCAAAGGAAUAUACUUUUUUGCAUCAAUGCAAAGCCUUAUGUUUGGGGCAAAUCCAACAUAACACCUCACUGAGUAACUGCCUCCUUAUUUUCAAGCAUGGUGGUGGCUGCAUCAUGGUAUGGUUAUGCUUGACAUCUGAGUUUUUCAGGAUACGACGAAACUGGAUGGAGCUAAGAACAGGCAAAAUCCUAUAGGAAAACCUGCUUCAGUCUGGGAGAAGAAAUCCCCUUUCAGCAGGACAAUAAUCUACAACACAAGGCCAAAUCUACACUGGAGUUGCUUACCAAGAAGACAGUGAAAGUUCCUGAGUGGCCAAGUUACAAUUUUAACUUAAAUCUGCUUGAAAAUCUAUGGCAAGUUUUGAAAAUUACUGUAAAGCCAUGAUCCCCAACGUCUUGACAGAGCUUGAAGACUUUUGAAAAUAAUAAUGGGCAAAUAUUGCACAAUCCAGGUGUGCAAAGCUCUUAGAGACGUACCCAAGAAGACUCACAGCUGUAAUUGAUGCCAAAGGUGAUCCUAAUAUGUAUUGACUCAGGGAGCUGAGUACUAAUGCAACAACGAUUGUUAACAAAAAAAAGACAAUUAAAUCCAUUUUAAUCCCACUUCGUAACAUAAUAAAAUAUGAAGAAAUCCAAGGGGAUUGGAUACUUUUGCAAGGCAGUGUAAAUACAUUGCAUGGUGGGACAGAUGAUAGUUGAGAACAAGCGCUAAGGGGCAUUCCAUUUCAGACAAUGACCCUUUACCGAUAAGUUUCCCCGUCGGUAACAUUUCUUCACAGUGUUUUCUCAUGUUACAAUGAAACACAAUUUACUUAGCAUGCAUGCAUCACACCAAACCACAGGGUUUGAGCAGUUUAUGAUCACCUGCGAAUAAAGCAUCAAUCACUCUUGUAUAUUUUAUAUUGUACAGACCAGAGGGUGGUAAAACUUGUGGUAAAGGGAACCCCCGUGUAAAGCGCCUAUAAAUCUCACAAAAAACACUUUAUGACAUCAAUGUGAUUUAGAAAAAGUUAUAUAUAUAUAUAUAUAUAUAUAUAUAUAUAUAUAUAUAUAUAUAUAUAUAUAUAUAUAUAUAUAUAUAUAUAAUUUAUAUAUAUACAGUACUAGACAAAAGUCAUACCCGAGUUCUUAGCUCCCACCCACCCUACGUCAAUCAUGGAUCCCUUCACUGAUGGAUCGAUCCCAGAUGCAGGAACGAUGAUGAGAUUUGAAUCCUGAGGAGCCAUAUUUCAGAGAGAAUUUAAGAAAUAUAUUAGGAUAUUACAGUGAAAUUUGCUCAGAUUCCAUGAACAUGAGCAAUGUGUUUCGUAAUGCUGUCAUUAUGACAGACUUACCACUGCAUCCCCUGGGGCCUCAAUGUUAGACUUCAGGAGGAUACCGCCGCUGUCGCCCAUAUCCUCCAGCUCCAUUUUCUCAUUCUUUGUAACACAGAUGAAUGCAAAGAGGAUACCUGCAAUAAAGAACCAAAAAGAAAAGUAGCUCAAUAAAAAUUAAUGGUCAGAAAGUGGUCACAGGGUCAUCUGACGAAUAAGAAGCACAAGCCAUUUGCUAAGGAAUAAAGUUAUACUAGCAGUCAUCAGCUGCUUAAGACUUCACCAUCUAAUGUCUAAUGCAUCAUACAGUUGUAUAUGUUGUCCUAUCUUAUUACUGCUUUGACACUAACCUGUCAGGCCUACAUAAAUAAUAUGAAUGAACAUAAUAAACCAUUAGAGACUCACAGAGUAGAAGUAGCAGGCCCAGUGCCAGCAGCAUGGCCAGGAUGGCCCACACACCCAGCGAUGUGGAGUUCUGGUAGGCCAAACAUGCUCCGUUCCUGCAGCGGCAGAUCCGGACCGUUACAGUCUGGGUCUUUCCAAAUCCCUGUAGGUCCUUGACCAUCAGGGGGACAGUAUACACACCAGUAGGAAGCUCCUUGGUGUGCUCCAACAUCACCGCAGUGUCUGAGGAGGAAAUACACUGUUGUUAAGAACAGGAGUUUGGGCACUAGUUUUCCUGGUGAGAUUACAUUGUAAGGACUAAAACUCCUGGCUCUAAACAAUGCUCAUUGUCAGUUAGGUGCUGUGUAAGGUUGCAUUCUAGAGUAUUUUGCCUCUAAAGUUGUAUUGAAAAAUGUAUGAGACUGACUACUCACUAUAAUAUGCACAUUUUACAUUUAUAUUUAAAUAACUGCUUCACUUUUUAAAUCACAUUUGCAAGAUAUCAAUUAAUACAGAGAUGGAAUGGAGUCCAUAGGUAGGAAUAAUUUUCAUACUAUUAAGUCGCUUCACAGCCCAUCUCCCAUCAUGCUCCUCUCCCAGUUCAAAGCUGAAGGGGGCAGAGAAUGGAGCUUGGUCCUUGUCCUCUGCUAUCACCAGCACAGAGCCCAUCUCUCCCCCAUCCUUCUCACACAUCACCAGGUCUUUAAAGGGGAUGUCUGGGACGUGGUCAUUCACAUCCUCCACUUGAAUAAUCACUGUCCCUGUACCUGUCUUGAGACCUAAAAAGAGAGUAGACAUACGUAAGAAACACAAUAACAUAUCAAUGAAAUAUUAUUGCUGGUUUUAUUGUGGUUUUAUUGUGAGAGCUUGACUGAGUAAGAUUUCCAAUGUAUUCAUUAAUCACACAUGGCAAUAAACUUGAAAGUUCAGUGAAAUACAGAUGCUAUAGAGUACUGGUAUCUCCCUAGUCACUCCCUGUUAUAAAUGCAAAACAGAGUAGCUAGGGUAUGGCCCUCAAUGUGUAUGUGUUGAUAUGUAGGCUACGUGUGCCUUUUUAAAAAUGUAUGUAGUUCUGUCCUUGAGCUGUUCUUGUCUAUUAAUGUUCUGUAUUAUGUCAUGUUUCAUGUUUUGUAUGGACCCCAGGGAGAGUAGCUGCUGCUUUCGCAACAGCUACACUACCGGUUAAAAGAUUUAGAACACCUACUCAUUCAAGGGUUUUUCUAUAUUUUUACUAUUUUCUACAUUGUAGACAUCAAAACAUUGAAAUAACACAUAUGGAAUCAUGUAGUAACCAAAAAAGUGUUAAACAAAUCAAAACAUAUUUGAGAUUCUUCAAAUAGCCACCAUUUGCCUUGAUUACAACUUUGCACACUCUUGGCAUUCUCUCAACCAGCUUCAUUACAUAGUCACCUGGAAUGCAUUUCAAUUAACAGGUGUGCUUUCUUAAAAGUUAAUUUGUGGAAUUUCUUUCCUUCUUAAUGCAUUUGAGCCAAUCAGUUGUGUUGUGACAAGGUAGGGGUGGUAAACAGAAGAUAGCCCUAUUUGGUAAAAGACCACGUCAAUUAUGGCAAGAACAGCUCAAAUAAGCAAAGAGAAACGACAGUCCAUCAUUACUUUAAGACAUGAAGGUCAGUCAAUACAGAACAUUUCAAGAACUUUGAAAGUUUCUUCAAGUGCAGUCGCAAAAACCAUCAAGAGCCAUGAUGAAACUGGCUCUCAUGAGGACAGCCACAGGAAUGGAAGACCCAGAGUUGCCUUUGAAAUUUCAGCCCAAAUAAAUGCUUCACAGAGUUCAAGUAACAGACACAUCUCAACAUCAACUGUUCAGAGGUGACUGUGUGAAUCAGGCCUUCAUGGUCGAAUUGCUGCAACCACUACUAAGGGACACCGAUAAUAAUAAGAGCAAUGGACAUUAGAACGGUGGAAAUAAGUCCUUUGGUCUGGAGUCCAAAUUGGAGAUUUUUGGUUCCAACCGCUGUGUCUUUGUGAGAUGAUCUCCACAUGUGUAUUUCCCACCAUAAAGCAUGGACGAGGAGGUGUUAUUUACAUUUACGUCAUUUAGCAGACGCUCUUAUCCAGAGCGACUCACAGUUAGCGAAUACAUAUAUAUAUAUAUUUUUUUUAUACUGGCCCCCCAUGGGAAUCAAACCCACAACCCUGGCGUUGCAAACGCCAUGCUCUAUCAACUGAGCUACAAUCCCUGCCGGCCAUUCCCUCCCCUACCCUGGACGACGCUGGGCCAAUUGUGCGCCGCCCAUGAGUCUCCCGGUCGCGGCCGGCUGCGACAGAGCCUGGAUUCGAACCAGAUCUCUAGUAGCACAUGUUAGCACUGCUUUCUUAGACCACUGCGCCACUCAGGAGUACAUGCUUUGCUGGUGAAACUGUCUGUGAUUUAGAAUUCAAGGCACACAAACCAGCAUGGGCUACCACAGCAUCUGCAGCGAUACGCCAACAUCUCUGGUUUGGGCCUUAGUGGGACAAUCAUUUUUGUUUUUCAACCAUGACAAUGAACCAACACAACACCUCAGGCUGUGUAAGGGCUAUUUUCCCAAGAAGGAGAGUGAUGGCGUGCUGCAUCAGUUGACCUGGCCUCCACAAUCCCGUCAGAUUAGCAGACGCUCUUGCUCUACAGUUAGUGAUACAUGUUUUUUUUUUUAUCUGGCCCCGAAUCGAACCCACACCUGCGUUGCAACCCAGCUCAUUGAGUACAUCCUGCGGCAUCCUCCCCUUGGGAUGAGCAAUUGUGCGCCGCCCGAGAUCGGUGCGGCGGUGCGACAGAGCUGGAUGAGAGGUUUGGGAUGGUUUGGGAUGAGUCGGACAGCAGAGUGAAGGAAAAGCAGCCAACUUUGUUGUCUAUUUUUUUGUUAUACAGAAAUAUCAAAACAUGCUGAUGUUUUGUUCAAUGUACAUGUAACCAGGUCAAAAAUCCCGAUCUACGGUUUACAAUGCUCCCAGGUAGGGAAAAAGAGGCUGCGAGAAGAGCCAUCUGGCUUCAGGCUAUUUGGACCCUUACAAAAAAGAUUGCAGUUUUGAAACUGCAGUUGACUGUGGUAUUUUGGAGGUAGUAAUUGCUGAAUAACUGCAGUGUACUGCAGUUUAACUGCAAUCUUUUUUCGUAAAGGGAGUGGGAAAUGUGGGGACAUUUAACUUGUUUAGUAUAGUCAGUUUAUAACUCCACUCACUACUGUGUAGUCCGUUUGUUUAUGUUGUUGGUCUUGGCUAGCUUAAUGUUCAGGUCGGCAAGCUAGCACCAUCAUGAAAAAGGGCAUGAGGGUUUUUCUAAGUAGUGAGAACGCUAGGGAGCAGGCAAUGUUGAAAAGUUAUCAUUAGACAUGUUGUACUUUUCUUAAAUGUAGUUUUGUAAUUGACUAAAACAAGCAGACAACAAGAAAAUUGCGUUUGAAAAAGGUGACGUUUUUGCUGUGAGCUAAUGGAAUAACCUAGGUAACGACAGGUUGUUUUCCCCUACCAGCAGGCUGGGCGUGACUUCGAUCUAAUAGGUUAGUGAGUAAUUGCGGGCGUGGUAGCAUGCCUACAUUUCUACGGUGAUACUAGAACAUAAACGAAACAGUCAUUCCUCUAUCGGCAAUACCAGUCGCCAUAUGUACAAAAUUAGGGUACUGUAAUUGAUUGGUGUCAAGAAUAUCAACCAUCUUUAAUCCCACCCUUGACAGAACAAUUUUUAGUAAUUGCAUGUGGAAUCGUGUCUAGUCGAAUACAGUGUUUCGAAUUGCGGCAACAAAAAUGGCACCAAAUUUACCUGUACAUUUAUGCAUAUUUUUGGUAAGUAGUCAAUUCUAUUAAAUUAAAGUGUUUCUGUAUUAUUCACAUUUGAUUUUGAUAUGUCACCUGCCCUAGAUUCUAUUAAUGUAAAUUAAUUUGCAAACUUUGUAGCCUAACUUUUACUUUACAGUGUUGCAAAGCCGGGGGAAGAUGUUUGGGGUUGUGUGCUGCGAUUUAUAUCGGUCCGUAAUACAGGACUACUAAAGGCCCAGUGCAUAACAUUUGUGAGAAAAAUAAAUAAAAAAUAUAUACACUACAUGACAAAGUAUGUGGAAGUUACAAUUUAUCUGCAAUAAAAAAACUAAAAACAACAACAAACAAACCAAAAAGAUAAAAGUAUGUGGACACCUGCUCGUCGAACAUCUCAUUCCAAAAUCAUGGCCAUUAAUAAGGAGUUGGUCCCCACUUUGCUGCUAUAAUAUGCUCCCUAUAACAGAUGGCACUAUGCAUUCGGGCAGGUAGCGUUCUCCUGGCAUCCGCCAAACCCAGAUUUGAUCGUCGGACUGCCAGAUGGUGAAGCAUGAUUCCUCACUCCAGAGAAUGCGUUUCCAGUGUCCAAUGGCGGCGAGCUUUACACCACUCCAGCGGAUGCUUGGCAUUGCCCAUGGUGAUCUUAUGCUUGUGUGUCUGCUCGGCCAUGGAAACCCAUUUCAUGAAGCUCUCAACGAACAGUUCUUGUGCUGACGUUGCUUCCAGAGGCAAUUUGGAACUCGGUAGUGUGUGUUGUAACCGAGGACAGACCAUUCAGCGCUUUAGCACUUGGCCGUCCCGUUCUGUGAGCUUGUGUGGCCUACCACUUCGAGUUGUUGCUCCUAGACGUUUCCACUUCACAACAACAACAACACGUACAGUUGACCAGGGCAGCUCUAGCAGGGCAGAAAUUUGACGAACAUACUUGUUGGAAAGGUGGCAUCCUAUGAUGGUGCCACGUUGAAAGUCACUGAGCUCUUCAGUAAGGCCAUUCUACUGCCAACGUUUGUCUAUGGAGAUUGCAUGUAUGUGUGCUUGAUUUUAUACACCUGUCAGCAACGGUUGAGGCUGAAAUAGCCGAAUCCACUAAUUUGAAGGGGUGUCCACAUACGUUUGCAUAUAUAGUGUAUAUAGGCCUGUUUUUACAUAUAUUUUUUUAUUGCGAUUUUUCAGGGGGUGCUGCAGAACCCCUACUUCCCGCUGCUAUGCAGUGUUCUAACAUUCAGCUAAAAAGAUCACUGUCAAGGUGCAGCUUGUUGAUAUAUCUACAGUGCCUUCAGGAAGUAUUCAUACCCCUUGACUUAUUCCACAUUUUGUGUUACAGCCUGCAUUCAAAAUGGAUUAAAUAUAUUUUUUAAUCUCACCCAUCUACACACAAUACCCCAUAAUGUCAAAGUGAAAACAUGUUUUUAGAAAUGUAUGCACAUUUAUUUGAAAUUGAAUACUGAAAUAUGGAAUUUACAUAAGUAUUCACAGCCCAUAUUAGAAUCACCUUUAGUAGUGAUUACAGCAGUGAGUCUUUCUGGGUAAAUCUCUAAGAGCUUUGCACACCUGGAUUGUACAAUAUCUGCCUAUUAUUCUUUUAAAAAAUAUUCAAUCUCUGUCAAGUUGGUUGUUGAUCAUUGCGAGACAGUCUUGCCAUAGAUUUUCAAGCCGAUUUCACUCAAAACUGUAACUAGGCCACUCCAGGAACAUUCAGUGUUGUCAGGAUAAGCAACUCCAGUGUAUAUUUGACCUUGUUUUAGGUUAUUGUCCUGCUGAAGGUGAAUUUGUCUCCUAGUGUCUGUUGGAAAGCAGACUGAACCAGGUUUUCCUCUAGGAUUUUGCCUGUGCUUAGCUCAAUUCAGUUUAUUUUUAUCCAAAAAUCUCUGUAGUCCUUGCCGAUGGUAAGCAUACCCAUAACAAGAUGCAGCCACCACCAUGCUUGAAAAAUAGGAAGUGGUACUCAGUGAUGUUGUGUUGGAUUUACCCCAAACAUAAUGCUUUGCAUUCCACCUUUUUUGCAGUUUUACUGUAGUGCCUAAUUGCAAACAGGAUGCAUGUUUUGGAAUAUUUUUUAUUCUAUACAGGCUUCCUUCUUUUGACUCUUUCAUUUCGGUUAGUAUUGUGGAGUAACUACAGUACAAUAUUGUUCCAUCCUCAGUUUUCUCUUAUCACAGCCAUUAAACUCUGUAACUGUUUUAAAGACACCAUUGACCUCAUGGUGAAAUCCCUGAGCGGUUUCCUUCCUCUCCGGGAACUGAGUUAGGCAGGAUGCCUGUGUCUUUGUAGUGACUGGGUGUAUUGAUACACCAUCCAAAGUGUAAUUCAUAACUUCACCAUGCUCAAAGGGGUAUUCAAUGUCUGCUUCUUCUUUACCCAUGUACCAAUAGGUGCCCUUCUUUGCGAGGCAUUGGAAAACCUCCCUGGUCUCUGUGGUUGAAUCUGUGUUUGAAAUUCACUGUGCGACUGAGAGACCUUACAGACAAUUGUGUGUGUGUGGGGUACAGAGAUGAGGUAGUCAUUCAAAAACCAUGUUAAACACUACAUUUUACAUUUUAGUCAUUUAGCAGACGCUCUUAUCCAGAGCGACUUACAUGAGCAAUUAGGGUUAAGUGCCUUGCUCAAGGGCACAUCGACAGAUUUUUCACCUAGUCGGCUCGGGGAUUAGAACCAGCGACCUUUCAGUUACUGGCACAACGCUCUUAACCACUAAGCUACCUGCCGCCCCACUAUUAUUGCACACAGUGAGUCCAUGCAACUUAUUAUGUGAUCCUUGUACACAUUUAAUAUAGUUUAUUCUUUUGGUUCAUAUAGUACAAAGAACUGACAAGACAGAAUGUCCAUGAAUGCAGUACCAUAUUUGUAACAUCUAUUGUAUGAUAUGCCACCUGUUAGAAUGUAUGAACAAUAUCUCUCUUGCAUGUGUCAACUCCAGGUCAUCUCAUGUGUGGACUCCUGCUUUAUCCCUGUCUCCAUACAAGCAACAGUACCUCAGACAGUACAAGUUGGACAUGUUAUUUCAAAAGGUCCUGCCAUUCACAAAUGUUUCAGUCCUGUCUGACUUUGUAUGUUCUUGAUACUGAAUGAAACAAUCAAUAUAGUCAUAAACUGUAAAUCUUGCUUUGGAUGAUCCAGGUGGUUUUUAUUCAUUGGAUAGUUGAUAACAUUUCUUUCUCUCUCAUUGUUCAGUUGAUGUGGACCAAUGUGACACCAUCACAUUGCACUUUACAACUAGUGACCCCGACUUCACAGUACGACCUGAUGGCACUAUAGUAACCGUCGCCAUCACCAUGGUACCAGCCAAUGGCAGGACAUUCUCAGUGCAGUUUCAGGACCUCGAUGGUCAGAAGAGAGAAAUGGAUGUUUACCUUGUCCAGAACUCUAGAAAGGUAAGGUGGAUUCUGCAUGGGUUUACAGUACAAAGUCCAAUUUUUCAAAGAAGUAUUAUGUUGUUGUGAAAUUAUCUAUAUCACAUUGUUGACUUGUGACUUUGUGCUCUUUUUUUCUGCAUUUUCAGGUAUUGAAAGAUGGCCUACUAAAGCGCUCCAAAAGACGUUGGAGUCCUCUGCCCUUCAACAUCAUAGAAAAUGACGCACCGCCAUUUCCAAAGGACGUUGAGCUGGUAAUGUCCUUAAAAUAAGUUACAACUUGCAUCCCAUUUCAGCACAUUCUGUCUAUUUGAAUAUUGAUAUCAAACCUAAGCCAUGUCCAUAUUUCAUGUCACGUAACAAACCCCAAAUGAUCCUCUACCUGUCCUUGCCUUUCUCCCACCCCGUGUUCCACUCUAUUUCUCAUUCUUCCUCACUUGCGGCUAAUACACAUUAUGUACCUGUAUGCUCCAUGCCCUUACAUGGGGUUCACACACCCAGACACACCCAACCACACACAUACAGAGGGAUCAGUGGAAACGUUUACUUUGUUGUUUUUUCCCCUUCCUUUCUAACUACAAGGCUGGAUGUGCACUGUACAUAUGUUGUAACCUGCCUAGGGAAUACAUAUUAAUACAAAAUAACUUUUUGUAACAGUAGUCGACAAGUAUAAUGCUUUAGGCCUAUUACCUGUAAGGCAUGGAUGAGCAUUUCUGUUUUGCAAAACUCAAUGCUUAACAUUCUUAACUGUGCAAUUUCUUAACCAGAGCAGGCACGUGCACAGAUAGGGCUCUACCUGCGCAGAGCACAUGCCCCUUUGUCCUUCUAGUCUCUAAAGAGUCCUUUUGGGUGGGGGUAUAAUUUCCACUUUUUUGUUGUGUGUAUUCAUUUUUUGUUGUUGUUCGUAACCCACUGCCCACAAGUCAUCGUCAAGUUGCUUGUUGAAGCUUGACGGCAGAUAAUACUUGAUUGUUUCCUGGUCCAGAUUGCAUCUGAUUCGUCGGCCACUCGCAGAGUGUACUACACCAUCAGUGGGCCUGGUGUGACAGAGGAGCCUGUGGGUGUGUUCAGUGUGGUGAUGGACACUGGGAUGUUGCAGGUCAACAAAGCUGUCGACCGCGAGAGAACCCCUCAGUUUGUAGUGAGUAGUAGACAACAAUUAUUGAUUGCUUGCUUGAAUAAUUGAUCAAUUCUUUAUCUGUGAUGUUAAAACAUGACAUUUGUACUCUUGAUGCGUAGCACAGACAAUACAAACAGUGUAAGACAUUACUAAACUGAGUCCAUCUUCCUCCAGUUUCAAGCAAGAGUGUUUGACAGAUACACCAACCAGGAGACAGAUCUACCAUUACCCAUCACAGUGAAUGUAGUGGAUGUGAAUGACAAUGCGCCAACUUUCACUGGCCUAAUGCAGUUUCAUGUGCUGGAGCAAAGCAAAGCAGGUGAGAAACACACAGCUGAAGUAAGAAAUACCAGAGUGCCUUUAGCCUCUGUAAUACAGUACAUGGGAAAAGUGUGUCAAAUCCAGAUAUGGACCUUUGUAACAGGAACUUGUGGAUGUGAACUAAUAACCUGUGUGUUGUGACGUGUUCUAUUGCAGGGACGAUGGUGGGGAUGGUGAAUGCCACAGACAUAGACGAGCGUGGUACCGACCACACUAAGAUCAGGUACUCCCUCCUCUCUGGGACCGACCUGUUCUACAUCAACCCAGAGACAGGAGUCAUCAGCACCAAAACAGACACCCUCGACAGAGAGGUCAGUCCCAUCGUUGUACCUUUUCAAAAAAAUAUCUCACUUACUGUUUUCCAGGUUUCCACAUUGUUGAGCACGACUAUCAUUGUUUGAAUUAUUGAUCUAAAUGUAUGUUUGUAUUUGUUUUGCAGGUGAAUGAGAAAUAUUUUGUGACAGUGGAAAUCAAAGACAUGAAUGGAGCUCUGAAUGGUCUAGUCAACACUUCCCCAGCCACCAUUGUGUUGGGGGAUAUCAACGACAACCCUCCCACAUUCACAAAGACAUCUGUACGUUUUCUUUGACAACUUCUUACAAUAGUGGAGUUUGUGUAUUGCAGUUUAUUCCGCUAAUGUAACAAAAAAGGCAUGGAUGUCCCAGUUUGUUUUAUGAAUACUCUGUUUACUUUGGUCAAAUAACGACAUGUUACUUUCUCUUGCAGUACGAUGUAAAAGUUAAAGAGAACCAAGUAGAGGGACUCCUCCUCAGAAUCCCCAUUGAAGAUAAGGACUUGGUGAAGACACCAAACUGGAACACUGAGUUUGUCAUCAAAAAGGGGAAUGAAAACGGGAACUUCAGGAUCGAAAGAGACCCCAAAACAAAUGAAGGACUCAUUUAUCUAACAAAGGUGAGCUGGCACUCACAAUGAACCUCUAUUUUUGAUCUGAUCAUGACUUUCAGGAUCCAUAGAUGUCUUGCUAGUUAUUUAUAAAAUGAACUAAAGACAGUCAAAAUAUUGAGCCAAAAGGCUUCUUUACGCAUUGUCAUUGAAGGCUGAUCGAGCAAUAAUAAUACAGUAAAAUAACACUCCAUGUCCUUGCUGUGUCUUCAGCCUCUAGACUACGAGAAGACCAAGAACUUAAAGCUGGAGGUGUUGGCCCGUAACCAGGCUGAGUUGAGUGGGACCAAGGCCCAGUGGGUGUCCAUCCCUGUAGACAUCUCUGUAGUGGACGAAGACGAGGGACCAGAGUUCACCGCCCCCACCGUACUCUUCACUGUCCAGGAGAACACUCCUAAUGACACCCUGAUUGGGACCUACAUAGCCGUAGACCCAGAGACCAAGAGCAGUGCCGGCAUCAAGUAAGAACCUAGUUUACCUUAUUGAUCCCACCAAUAAUUGACCUAGACAGGUCCCAGAUCUGUUUGUACUGUCUUGCCAUAACCACAGGAGAUGGCAAGACGGCACAAACAGAUCUGGAACCAGGGUAGUAUUGGCCUAUUGUGUGACCAUGUUGAUAAUAAUCAUAAUAAUAAUAUGAUGUUAUAACAAGUAAGGUCAGAUUGCAUUUCAAAAGAAGUUAGAUGUAUUGUGAAAAACGGAAUGCAAUGUUUUUUCUCUAUCCAGCAGAAUUGUAUCAUUAUGCAAGAGAAUGCUGUAAAAGUGUCUUCUCUCUCUCUGAUCCCUCUCAGGUAUUACAAGGUCUCGGACCCUGCUUCAUGGAUCAAGGUAGAUGAAAGCACCGGACAGCUGAAGAUCGCCAACACUAUCGACAGGGAGUCCCACUUUGUAACGAAUGGCGUGUACAACGUCAGUAUGAAAGCUAUUGAUGCCAGUAAGUAGAUAUUGUUACAGUGUCUUAGUUAAAUACACUAUAUAUACAAAAGUAUGUGGACACCCCUUCAAAUUAGUGGAUUUGGCUAUUUCAGCCACACCCGUUGCUUACAGGUGUAUACAAUCGAGCACACAGUCGUGCAAUCUCCAUAGACAAACAUUGGCAGUAGAAUGGCCUUACUGAAGAGCACAGUGACUUUCAACAUGGCACUGUCAUAGGAUGCCACCCUUCAAACAAGCCAGUUCGUCAAAUUUCUGCCCUGCUAGAGCUGCCCCGGUCAACUGUAAGUGCUGUUAUUUUGAAGUGGAAACAUCUAGGAGCAACAAUGGCUCAGCCGCAAAGUGGUAGGCCACACAAGCUCACAAAAUGGGACCGCCGAGUGCUGAAGAGCGUAGCACUUAAAAAUCGUCUGUCCUCGGUUGCAACACUCACUACUGAGUUCCAAACUGCCUCUGGAAGCAACGUCAGCACAAUAACUGUUUGUCGGGAGCUUCAUGAAAUGGGGUUUCUAUGGCCGAGCAGCCGCACACAAGCCUAAGAUCACCAGUGGUGUAAAACUCGCCGCCAUUAGACUCUGGAGCAGUGGAAACGCGUUCUCUGGAGUGAUGAAUCACGCUUCACCAUCUGGCAGUCCGACGGAUGAAUCUGGGUUUGGCGGAUGCCAGGAGAACGCUACCUGCCCCAAUGCAUAUUGCCAACUGUAACAUUUGGUGGAGGAGGAGUAAUGGUCUGGGCCUCUUUUCCAUGGUUUGGGCCAGGCCCCUUAGUUCCAGUGAAGGGAAAUCUUAAGGCUAGAGCAUACAAUUACAUUCUAGACGAUUCUGUGCUUCCAACUUUGUGGCAACAGUUUGGGGAAGGCCCUUUCCUGUUUCAGGGCUCCGUGCACACAGCGAGGUCCAUACAGAAAUGGUUUGUCGAGAUCGGUGUGGAAGAACUUGACUGGCCUGCACAGAGCCCUGACCUCAACUCCAUUGAACACCUUUGGGAUGAAUUGGAACGCCGACUGCGAGUCAGGCUUAGUCUCCCACCAUCAGUGCCCGACCUCACUAAUGCUCUUGUGGCUGAAUGGAAGCAAGUCCCCGCAGCAAUGUUCCAACAUCUAGUGGAAAGCCUUCCAAGAAGAGUGGAGGCUGGUAUAGCAGCAAAGGGGGGACCAACUCUAUUAAUGGCCAUGAUUUUGGAAUGAGAUGUUCGACUAGCAGGUGUCCACAUACUUUUGGUCAUGUAGUGUAUCUGUAUCUGUAUAGUCAGAUAUACACCACUAUUAGGAUGAUCAUAACUCAUCUAUUGCUAGGAAAAACCCUGGGCCCUCAUUAUUGCCUUCCAGCUAAUAGCAUGCUAAGCAUUUUUGCUUCCUCCCACUGUUUCUAUCACUGUAAAAAGGAUCAACAGUCUAAAACAAGGAAGAGACUGAGCAUCAUAAUUAUAGCUAACAACACCACUGUGCCCUGUGCCAUCUCCUCAAGGCAUCCUUUGACUGACAUUGCACAGACAAUGAGAGGUUGUUGUCUUUACGCCUUAGCUGAUGUUACCAAAUACCUAACACAUUCUCGUAUUGGCGUCAACCACCCUUCCAACCCCGUCAAAGUUCCUUUCAUGUUCACACAACACAAUAAGUCUAUGUGUUGUUUAAGUGACAAGAUGAGGAGUAUAGUAGUCACUCUAUAACACCUGGUGUGAUUUGGUAUUUUAUUAGGAUCCCCAAUACACUACCGGUCAAAAGUUUUAGAAUACCUACUCAUUCAAGGGUUUUUCUUUAUUUUUACUAUUUUCUACAUUAUAGAAUAAUAGUGAAGACAUCAACUAUGAAAUAACACAUAUGGAAUCAUGUAGUAACCAAAAAAGUGUUAAACAAAUCAAAAUAUAUUUUAUAUUUGAGAUUCUUCAAAAAGCCACCCUUUGCCUUGAAGACAGUUUUGCACACUCUUGGCAUUCUCUCAACCAGCUUCACCUGGAAUGCUUUUCCAACAGUCUUGAAGGAGUUCCCACAUAUGCUGAACACUUGUUGGCUGCUUUUCCUUCAUUCUCCAGUUCAACUCAUCCCAAACCAUCUCAAUUUGGUUGAGGUCGGGGGAUUGUAGAAGCCAGGUCAUCUGAUGCAGCACUCCAUCACUCUCCAUCUUGGUAAAAUAGCCCUUACACAGCCUGGAGGUGUGUUGGGUCAUUGUUCUGUUGAAAAACAAACGAUAGUCCCACUAAGCCCAAACCAGAUGGGUUGGCGUAUCGCUGCAGAUUGCUGUGGUAGCCAUGCUGGUUAAGUGUGCCUUGAAUUCUAAAUAAAUCACUGACUGUGUCACCAGCAAAGCACCAUCACACCACCUCCUCCAUGCUUUACGGUGGGAAAUACACAUGCGGAGAUAAUCCAUUCACCCACACCGCGUCUCACAAAGACACGGCGGUUGGAACCAAAAGUCUCCAGUUUGGACUCCAGACCAAAGGACACAUUUCCACUGGUCUAAUGUUUAUUGGCUCAAGCAAGUCUCUUCUUCUUAUUGGUGUCCUUUUAGUAGUGGUUUCUUUGCAGUAAUUUGACCGUGAAGGCCUGAUUCACACAGUCUCCUCUGAACAGUUGAUGUUGAGAUGUGUCUGUUACUUGAACUCAGUGAAGCAUUUACUUGGGCUGCAAUUUCUGAGGCUGGUAACUCUAAUGAACUUAUCCUCUGCAGCAGAGGUAACUCUGGGUCUUCCAUUCCUGUGGCUGUCCUCAUGAGAGCCAGUUUCAUCAUGGCUCUUGAUGGUUUUUGCGACUGCACUUGAAGAAACUUUCAAAGUUCUUGAAAUGUUCUGUAUUGACUGACCUUCAUGUCUUAAAGUAAUGAUGGACUGUCGUUUCUCUUUGCUUAUUUGAGCUGUUCUUGCCAUAAUAUGGACGUGGUCUUUUACCAAAUAGGGCUAUCUUCUGUUUACCACCCCUACCUUGUCACAACACAACUGAUUGGCUCAAAUGCAUUAAGAAGGAAAGAAAUUCCACAAAUUAACUUUUAAGAAAGCACACCUGUUAAUUGAAAUGCAUUCCAGGUGACUAUGUAAUGAAGCUGGUUGAGAGAAUGCCAAGAGUGUGCAAAGUUGUAAUCAAGGCAAAUGGUGGCUAUUUGAAGAAUCUCAAAUAUGUUUUGAUUUGUUUAACACUUUUUUGGUUACUACAUGAUUCCAUAUGUGUUAUUUCAAUGUUUUGAUGUCUACAAUGUAGAAAAUAGUAAAAAUAUAGAAAAACCCUUGAAUGAGUAGGUGUUCUAAAUCUUUUAACCGGUAGUGUAGCUGUUGCGAAAGCAGCAGCUACUCUCCCUGGGGUCCAUACAAAACAUGAAACAUGACAUAAUACAGAACAUUAAUAGACAAGAACAGCUCAAGGACAGAACUACAUAAAUUUUUUUAAAGGCACACGUAGCCUACAUAUCAACACAUACACAUUGAGGGCCAUACCCUAGCUACUCUGUUUUGCAUUUAUAACAGGGAGUGACUAGGGAGAUACCAGUACUCUAUAGCAUCUGUAUUUCACUGAACUUUCAAGUUUAUUGCCAUGUGUGAUUAAUGAAUACAUUGGAAAUCUUACUCAGUCAAGCUCUCACAAUAAAACCACAAUAAAACCAGCAAUAAUAUUUCAUUGAUAUGUUAUUGUGUUUCUUACGUAUGUCUACUCUCUUUUUAGGUCUCAAGACAGGUACAGGGACAGUGAUUAUUCAAGUGGAGGAUGUGAAUGACCACGUCCCAGACAUCCCCUUUAAAGACCUGGUGAUGUGUGAGAAGGAUGGGGGAGAGAUGGGCUCUGUGCUGGUGAUAGCAGAGGACAAGGACCAAGCUCCAUUCUCUGCCCCCUUCAGCUUUGAACUGGGAGAGGAGCAUGAUGGGAGAUGGGCUGUGAAGCGACUUAAUAGUAUGAAAAUUAUUCCUACCUAUGGACUCCAAAUGUGAUUUAAAAAGUGAAGCAGUUAUUUAAAUAUAAAUGUAAAAUGUGCAUAUUAUAGUGAGUAGUCAGUCUCAUACAUUUUUCAAUACAACUUUAGAGGCAAAAUACUCUAGAAUGCAACCUUACACAGCACCUAACUGACAAUGAGCAUUGUUUAGAGCCAGGAGUUUUAGUCCUUACAAUGUAAUCUCACCAGGAAAACUAGUGCCCAAACUCCUGUUCUUAACAACAGUGUAUUUCCUCCUCAGACACUGCGGUGAUGUUGGAGCACACCAAGGAGCUUCCUACUGGUGUGAAUACUGUCCCCCUGAUGGUCAAGGACCUACAGGGAUUUGGAAAGACCCAGACUGUAACGGUCCGGAUCUGCCGCUGCAGGAACGGAGCAUGUUUGGCCUACCAGAACUCCACAUCGCUGGGUGUGUGGGCCAUCCUGGCCAUGCUGCUGGCACUGGGCCUGCUACUUCUACUCUGUGAGUCUCUAAUGGUUUAUUAUGUUCAUUCAUAUUAUUUAUGUAGGCCUGACAGGUUAGUGUCAAAGCAGUAAUAAGAUAGGACAACAUAUACAACUGUAUGAUGCAUUAGACAUUAGAUGGUGAAGUCUUAAGCAGCUGAUGACUGCUAGUAUAACUUUAUUCCUUAGCAAAUGGCUUGUGCUUCUUGUUCGUCAGAUGACCCUGUGACCACUUUCUGACCAUGAAUUUUUAUUGAGCUACUUUUCUUUUUGGUUCUUUAUUGCAGGUAUCCUCUUUGCAUUCAUCUGUGUUACAAAGAAUGAGAAAAUGGAGCUGGAGGAUAUGGGCGACAGCGGCGGUAUCCUCCUGAAGUCUAACAUUGAGGCCCCAGGGGAUGCAGUGGUAAGUCUGUCAUAAUGACAGCAUUACGAAACACAUUGCUCAUGUUCAUGGAAUCUGAGCAAAUUUCACUGUAAUAUCCUAAUAUAUUUCUUAAAUUCUCUCUGAAAUAUGGCUCCUCAGGAUUCAAAUCUCAUCAUCGUUCCUGCAUCUGGGAUCGAUCCAUCAGUGAAGGGAUCCAUGAUUGACGUAGGGUGGGUGGGAGCUAAGAACUCGGGUAUGAUUGGAGGAGGCCUGGGUGCUCAACAGAACCUGCUACAGCAGUCUGGCGGCGUCAUAUUGACCAAUAUGGAGAAUGGCUACCCUGGCCAAUACGAAGGCAGCCAAUACGGUGGACAAUAUGGCAGUGGACAAUGUGGUGGAGGUCAAUAUGGUGGUGGAAACAUGACUUUUGACAACACCCGUUUCAUGAAAUUCAACAACUCUGCAGCCUGGCACUUCUGGCAAACCAACGGGCCUGUUUUUACAACAGGUAAAGUGGUUGUAGGGAACUCGAGAAACAACUCAAUCGUUCUUCCUAUUGGUAAAAUCCUAGACAAUUCCCAUGUGAAUUGUUUGCUUGCUUACUUGCAAAAUCCUGUGUUAGCUUUCAUAUAUCUUGUCUGGUUGGUGAAAUGUUGGUCUGUUCUCAGUGUAAUACCUGUCAGUAAUAUCCUGUGUAAGGAUGUAAUAUCACCUACUGUAAUAUCUUCCCUACCAUCGGACUAGUCCUUGGCUGCUCUCUAUGGACUAAUAACAAAAUGCAUUCUCCUUUCUUCACCUCAUCUCUUACAUUGUCUACCUGGUCUUUACAGAAGUUGGCUUACCUAGGGACGGGGGAGGAGGGGCGAUAUGCCGAUGACAUCAUCCACACGUACGGCUUCGAGGGGGUGGGGUCUCCAGCCGGCUCGGUGGGCUGCUGCAGUGACCAAGGCAACCAGGAAAACCUGGACUUCCUAAACACACUGGGGCCAAAGUUCAAGACAUUAGCUGAGGUCUGUAACAAGAAAUGAACCAAGAGAAUGUAAGGCAAUAUGUUUUUUUUUACUGUAAGUGUACUAUUUUUCUGAUAAUUACCAAGAAUUUAAGGAAUCUAUAAAGAGGGUUGCCAUGCUAUCUUUCAGAGUAAUCACACUGAAUUGCUUUAACUGUUUGUUGGUUAGAGCCAUUUUGCACUGGAAAGUACUAUGUAUUUACUUGCACAGCUAAUUCUCCAGUGUUGAAUCAACUCUGAGAUUGUUAAAUGUAACACUUUUUCAGAGUCUAUACAGGUCCACGCUUUUCAGUGAAAUUAACAUUUUAUUAGAGCUGAUGCUGUUACUCGUUCUCAGUGUAAGGAAAUGAACACCUGGAGUGUUAAGGUAACUCGUAUUUGGGGUAUAGUGUAAAGCCUUAUUUGCAUAU